UGUCCGCGCUGCUGAAACGGGCUCUUCGAGGGAUAGGCGUCACAUGACUCCGCCUGCCCCUAGCCAGCGCGCAGACCGCCCGUCCCUCAGUUUGCUGGGGGAGGGUCGGUCGACAUCUCCCGGGGCCCUGGGGCUCUGCGGAGAGGAGAAUAGGUUCCAGCAAGGAAUGGUCCUUCUAGGUUCAAGAAAUCCUAGCUCGGCGCCAGGUCCUGGAGUGUAAAUCUUGAGGGGGUUGGGGUGGGGGAAAGAGAGGGAGCGAUCCAGCGAGCGCCAGAGAGAGGCAGCGCUGCGCGCACCGACGAGGGGCUGCCGGGUGCCGCGCGAAGAAGAUGUAAGCGCGUGGGGUCUCGCUGGCCUCCGAGCACCAUGCAGAAAGGGAUCCGGCUGAACGAUGGCCACGUCGCGUCCCUGGGACUGCUGGCGCGCAAGGACGGCACACGCAAAGGCUACCUGAGCAAGCGGAGUUCGGACAACACAAAAUGGCAAACCAAGUGGUUCGCGCUGCUGCAGAAUCUGCUCUUCUACUUCGAAAGCGACUCAAGCUCUCGGCCCUCGGGGCUCUACCUACUGGAGGGCUGCGUCUGCGACCGCGCGCCCUCCCCCAAGCCCGCGGUCUCUGCUAAGGAGCCGGCGGAGAAACAGCAUUACUUCACAGUGAACUUCACCCAUGAGAACCAGAAGGCGCUGGAGCUGAGGACUGAGGAUGCCAAGGACUGUGACGAGUGGGUGGCAGCAAUCGCUCACGCCAGCUACAGGACACUGGCCACGGAACAUGAGGCGCUCAUGCAGAAGUACCUGCACCUGCUGCAGAUAGUAGAGACAGAGAAGACGGUGGCCAAGCAGCUGCGACAGCAGAUCGAGGACGGCCAGAUCGAGAUCGAGCGGCUGAAGGCAGAGAUUGCAUCCCUGCUCAAGAACAAAGACCGCAUCCAGUCCACCCAGAUUGUCACCCCCAAUGACGAGGACAGUGACAUCAAGAAAAUUAAGAAGGUACAGAGCUUCCUUCGGGGCUGGCUGUGCCGGCGGAAGUGGAAGACAGUUAUCCAGGACUACAUCCGGUCUCCCCACGCCGACAGCAUGCGCAAGAGGAACCAGGUGGUGUUCAGUAUGCUGGAAGCCGAGGCCGAGUACGUGCAGCAACUGCACAUCCUUGUCAAUAAUUUCCUGCGCCCACUACGCAUGGCGGCCAGCUCCAAGAAGCCUCCCAUCACACACGAUGACGUCAGCAGCAUCUUCCUGAACAGUGAGACCAUCAUGUUCCUACAUCAGAUCUUCUACCAAGGCCUGAAGGCCCGCAUCUCCAGCUGGCCCACCCUGGUGCUGGCCGACCUGUUCGACAUCCUGCUGCCCAUGCUCAACAUCUACCAGGAGUUCGUCCGCAACCACCAGUACAGCCUCCAGAUCCUAGCGCACUGCAAGCAGAACCGGGACUUUGACAAGCUUCUCAAGCAAUACGAGGCCAAGCCAGACUGCGAAGAGCGCACGCUGGAGACCUUCCUCACCUACCCUAUGUUCCAGAUCCCCAGAUACAUCUUGACACUCCACGAGCUGCUGGCCCACACACCUCAUGAGCACGUGGAGCGCAACAGCCUGGACUAUGCCAAAUCCAAACUAGAGGAACUUUCCAGGAUCAUGCACGAUGAAGUCAGCGAGACAGAGAACAUCCGGAAGAACCUGGCCAUCGAGCGCAUGAUCAUCGAGGGCUGUGAGAUCCUCCUUGAUACCAGCCAGACCUUCGUGCGGCAAGGUUCCCUCAUCCAGGUACCCAUGUCGGAAAAGGGCAAGAUCACCAGGGGGCGCCUGGGAUCUCUGUCCCUGAAGAAAGAGGGUGAGCGCCAAUGCUUCCUGUUCUCCAAGCACCUCAUCAUCUGCACCAGAGGCUCCGGAGGGAAACUGCACCUGACCAAGAAUGGAGUCAUAUCGCUCAUCGACUGCACCUUAAUGGAAGAACCAGAAAACGCAGAGGAGGAAGCCAAAGGAACUGCCCCGGACAUAGACCACUUGGAUUUUAAGAUCGGGGUGGAGCCAAAGGAUUCCCCACCCUUCACUGUCAUCCUGGUGGCCUCAUCCAGGCAGGAGAAGGCAGCAUGGACCAGUGACAUCAGCCAGUGUGUGGAUAAUAUCCGGUGCAAUGGACUCAUGAUGAAUGCAUUUGAAGAAAACUCCAAGGUCACGGUGCCGCAGAUGAUCAAGUCCGAUGCCUCCUUAUAUUGUGAUGAUGUUGACAUCCGCUUCAGCAAAACCAUGAAUUCCUGCAAAGUGCUGCAGAUCCGGUAUGCCAGUGUGGAGCGGCUGCUGGAGCGGCUGACAGACCUUCGCUUCCUGAGUAUCGACUUCCUCAACACCUUCCUGCAUUCCUACCGUGUCUUCACCACUGCUGUGGUGGUCCUAGACAAGCUAAUCACCAUCUACAAGAAACCCAUCAGUGCCAUCCCUGCCAGGUCACUGGAGCUCCUGUUUGCCAGUGGCCAGAACAACAAGCUUCUGUACGGAGAGCCCCCUAAGUCACCUCGUGCCACACGCAAGUUCUCCUCACCACCACCCUUGUCUAUCAAUACAUCAUCCCCAAGCCGCCGACGGAAGCUGUCUCUCAACAUCCCCAUCAUCACAGGCGGCAAGGCACUGGACCUGGCAGCACUCAGCUGCAGCUCCAAUGGCUUUACCAGCAUGCACUCACCCAUGUCCCCCUUCAGCAAGUCCGCGCUGGACUUCAGCAAGUCCAUGCUGGACACCAGCAAGUCUACAAUGGACUUCAGCAAGUCCACACUGGACACCAGCAAGUCCAUGAUGGACUUCAGCAAGUCCACCCUGGAUAUCAGCAAGUCCACACUGGACACCAGUAAGUCCAUGAUGGACUUUAGCAAAUCCACACGGGAUAUCAGCAAGUCUGCGCUAGACUUCAGCAAGUCCACGCUGGAUAUCAGCAAGUCCAUGCUGGACACCAGCAAGUCCACCAUGGACUUCAGCAAGUCCACGCUGGAUAUCAGCAAGUCCACACUGGACACCAGCAAGUCCACGUUGGACACCAGCAAGCUCUGUAUGACCAGCAGUUUCACCAACAAGACUCCUGAUGAAACUGAUACAACUAUAACCACAACCACUACCACGACUCCCACCCCAAUCCCUACCCCAACCCAGACCUCAAACCCAACCACAACCCCAACCCGUACCCCAACUCAGACCCCAGCCCAAACCCCAACCCAGACCCCAAAUCUGACCUCAAACCCAGCCGCAACCCCAACCCGGACCCCAAUCCAAACCCCUACCCCAGCCCAAACCCCUACCCGGACCCCAACCCAGACCACAACUCCAGCCUCAACCCCAACCCAUACCCCAACCCCAGCUCCAACCCCAACCCGGACCCCAACCCAGACCUCAACCCCAGCUCCAGCUCCAACCACAACUCCAGAGAAGCCUGAUGAGUCCUCAGCCCUAAACAAGCAGAGCUCAGAAGUCCCCGUGAAAGAAGAGUCUGAUGUGGACCAGAACCAGAGUGACGAGGGCGACACUGAGGCGUCACCUACGAAAUCUCCAUCAACACCAAAAUCAGUCAAAAGCAAAAACUCUUCAGAAUUCCCACUCUUUAACUUCAACAAUGGAGUCGUGAUGACCUCAUGUCGUGAACUGGACAAUAACCGCAGCGCCCUCUCAGCUUCCUCUGCCUUUGCCAUAGCCACGGCGGGAGCCAACGAGGGCACCCCAACCAAGGAGAAGUAUCAGUAUCGCAGGAUGUCCUUGGCCACCACAGGCCCUGCCAGUGCUGGCCUGUCAUCCUGGAGUCCCAUUCUCCCUCCCCAGUCCCCUUUGAUCCUCGGCCAAAUUCUACUCACAGCAAAGAACGCCAACCGAGAGAGCCCUCGGCACCCACUUCCACAGCAACGGUUCCACACCAAAGCACUGCCAGGGUUUCCCCCUGACCAGAGAAAUGGCGACAAGGAGUUUGUGAUCCGCAGAGCUGCCACCAACCGUGUGCUGAAUGUGCUCCGCCACUGGGUCUCCAAGCACUCUCAGGACUUUGAAAGCAACAGUAAGCUCAAAAGCAAGGUGAUCAGCUUCCUGGAAGAGGUCAUGCAUGAUCCAGAGCUGCUGACACAGGAGCGAAAGGCAGCGGCCAACAUUAUCAGGACUCUGACCCAGGAGGACCCAGGCGACAACCAGAUCACACUAGAAGAGAUCACACAGAUGGCAGAGGGUGUGAAAGCUGAGCCCUUCGAAAACCACUCAGCCCUGGAGAUAGCAGAGCAGCUGACCCUGCUGGAUCACCUUGUCUUCAAGAAGAUUCCUUAUGAGGAGUUCUUCGGACAGGGCUGGAUGAAGGUAGAGAAAAACGAAAGAACGCCUUAUAUCAUAAAAACCACCAAGCAUUUCAAUGACAUCAGUAACUUGAUUGCUUCAGAAAUUAUCCGAAAUGAGGAUAUCAAUGCAAGGGUGAGCACCAUUGAGAAGUGGGUAGCUGUGGCUGACAUAUGCCGCUGCCUGCACAACUACAAUGCCGUGCUGGAGAUCACCUCCUCCAUGAACCGCAGUGCAAUCUUCCGACUCAAAAAGACGUGGCUCAAAGUUUCUAAGCAGACGAAAGCUUUGAUUGACAAACUCCAAAAGCUUGUGUCAUCAGAGGGCAGAUUUAAGAACCUCAGAGAAGCCCUGAAAAAUUGUGACCCACCCUGUGUCCCUUACCUGGGGAUGUACCUCACUGACUUGGCCUUCAUUGAGGAGGGGACACCCAAUUACACAGAGGACGGCCUGGUCAACUUCUCCAAGAUGAGGAUGAUCUCCCAUAUUAUCCGAGAAAUUCGCCAGUUUCAACAGACUGCCUACAAAAUCGAACACCAGGCAAAGGUAACUCAGUACUUACUGGAUCAAUCUUUUGUAAUGGACGAAGAAAGUCUCUAUGAGUCUUCUCUCCGAAUAGAACCAAAACUCCCCACCUGAAGCUGCCCCCAACCUGCCCCAGCUACCCCAUGGACACCUGCUAUAUGAUAUUGUACAUAAUCAUUUGGUUCCUCUGGAUUUCUUCUUCACUAUGUGCUUCUCCGAGAAUACAAAUCUGUUCUUGUUCUUAGAUUCCUGUAGAACCGGAAUAUGAAUUUCUGCCCUGUUUCAGACUUUGCCCUGCCCCCUGAGGAGCCUGUUCCUUCAAACAGCUGUACACCCUGUCAGCUCUCCCAGGCCCUCACUCCAAUCAGAAGAAGAGACAGAAUCCACGUAACACAAGUCUCAAACUCCAGCCCUGCUUUGUCCCUCCCAGCGCAGGCCCCCGGGUUAGCUCAGGCCACCCAGGCAUCCUCUCCAGCAUGUUCCAUGUAGUUGUUAUAACUGGGUGGGGGGAGGGGGAGGAGGGAGGGGGAAGCCAUACCUGCAAGUCCAGUCCUUGACACCCGUUCCUGCUGAUGGUGAUGCCCCUUUCCAAAGCAGCUUCUUCAGCCAAAACCGCAGGUCUCAACAGUCCCCAUCUGUCAAAUCCCAGUAAAGCUGGCUGGAAGAGAGUCCUGUCAACUGAGAACCACGCCCCUUGCACCAAAUGCCACCACUUCUGGCACCAUGCUGCCCUCUGCUCUAGGAUUAACACCAGAUAGCAUGAAAAGCAGGCUCAGCAGAAGUGGACACGACCCUGGAACUUCUCUAGGAAAAUGGAAUCACUCCACCAAGUCAGGGUGACUCUGGCCGACCUCUGCCCAGCCUCUGCUGGAAGUCAGGAACACAAAAAACGUCACUUCUCCUCUUUCAGCUGCCUGACAGUCACUACAAGCUUAUGUUGAGAUGCCCUGAGUCUGUAUACUUUGUGGUAAUUAGUCCCAUGACGUAGAAUUAGGAAAUCAAUAACCGAGUGUUUUUAUUGCAUAUACUGUAGUCCUGUCUAAAUGCCUUCUAGCAGGAAUAUAGUGAGGUAGUGCUUAUUCUGUGAAUAUUACCAUGAUUUUUUUACAUUGUACAGUAGAGAGAACACUCAGAAUUGGCAGGCAUGCUCCAUUACAGCAGACAGACAACUUUUGCUGUAAGCAAUACCUAGUGGUAUGAGAAUUCUAUUUCAAGCCCUAAAAUAUUUCAACUUACAGCUUGUUUGGGAAAAAUUUCCAUUUUUGUAAAAAUAUAUGUUUCCUGAUUACCUCUUGCUAAUAAAUCUAUUCUAUCUCAGGGUGAA